CGCGCUCCCGCCGCCCGCCCGCACCGGCGGCCGCGCCCCUCGCCCCGAAAGCCCUUCCGUUCUGCGUCUUGCCCGCAUUUUUGCGCGCUCGCCCCCGCCGUGCCGGGCAGCAUGGGGCUGCCGGCGCUGGAGUUCAGCGAGUGCUGCCUGGACAGUCCGCAGUUCCGGGAGCGGCUGCGCUUCCACGAGGCCGAGCUGGAGAGGACCAACAAGUUCAUCAAGGAGCUCAUCAAGGACGGGAAGUCGCUCGUCGCCGCCCUCAAGAACCUGUCGGCCGCCAAGCGCAAGUUCGCCGAUUCCCUCAACGAGUUCAAGUUCCGCUGCAUUGGUGACGCUGAGACCGACGAUGAGAUCUGCAUAGCCAAGUCCCUGCAGGAGUUUGCCACGGUGCUGCGGAACCUGGAGGACGAGCGGAUGCGCAUGAUCGAGAACGCCAGCGAGGUGCUGAUCACGCCGCUGGAGAAGUUCCGCAAGGAGCAGAUCGGGGCUGCCAAGGAUGCCAAAAAGAAAUACGACAAGGAGACUGAGAAAUACUGUGGUGUCCUAGAAAAGCACUUGAACUUGUCUUCCAAGAAGAAGGAAUCCCAGCUUCAGGAGGCAGACAGCCAGGUGGACCUGGUUCGGCAGCACUUCUACGAGGUGUCCCUGGAAUAUGUCUUCAAGGUGCAGGAGGUCCAGGAGAGGAAGAUGUUUGAGUUUGUGGAACCUCUGCUGGCCUUUCUGCAGGGGCUCUUCACGUUCUACCACCACGGCUACGAGCUUGCAAAGGACUUCAGUGACUUCAAGACAGAGCUGACAAUCAGCAUCCAGAAUACAAGAAACCGCUUUGAAGGAACAAGGUCAGAGGUUGAAGCUUUGAUGAAGAAGAUGAAGGAGAAUCCCCACGAGCACAAAAACAUCAGCCCCUACACCAUGGAGGGCUAUCUCUACGUGCAGGAGAAGCGUCACUUUGGGACUUCCUGGGUGAAGCAUUACUGCACCUACCAGAGGGAAUCCAAGCGCAUCACCAUGGUGCCCUUUGACCAGAAAUCAGGAGGGAAAGGGGGGGAAGAUGAAGCUGUCACCCUGAAAUCCUGCACCCGGCGGAAAACAGACACCAUUGAGAAGAGGUUCUGCUUUGAUGUGGAGGCUGUGGAUCGGCCCGGGGUCAUCACCAUGCAGGCGCUCUCGGAGGAGGACCGGCGGCUCUGGAUGGAGGCCAUGGACGGCCGGGAGCCGGUGUACAACUCCAACAAGGACAGCCAGAGCGAAGGCACUGCCCAGCUGGACAGCAUCGGCUUCAGCAUCAUCAAGAAGUGCAUCCACGCUGUGGAAACCAGAGGGAUCAAUGAGCAGGGGCUCUACCGGAUCGUGGGGGUGAACUCCCGGGUGCAGAAGCUGCUGAGCAUCCUGAUGGAUCCCAAGACAGCCACAGAGACAGACACAGAGAUCUGUGCAGAGUGGGAGAUCAAGACCAUUACCAGUGCACUGAAAACGUACCUGAGAAUGCUCCCGGGGCCCCUGAUGAUGUACCAGUUUCAAAGGAGCUUCAUCAAAGCAGCGAAGCUAGAGAAUCAGGAGUCCAGGGUGUCGGAGAUCCACAGCCUCGUUCAUCGGCUCCCGGAGAAAAACAGGCAGAUGCUGCACUUGCUCAUGAACCAUUUGGCAAAAGUUGCAGAUAAUCACAAGCAGAACCUGAUGACUGUUGCUAAUCUGGGUGUGGUGUUUGGGCCGACGCUGCUUCGACCUCAAGAGGAAACUGUGGCUGCCAUUAUGGACAUCAAAUUCCAGAACAUUGUGAUUGAGAUUUUAAUAGAGAACCACGAGAAGAUAUUUAACACGGUGCCAGAGGCUCCGGCGUCGAACUCGCAGCUGCUGUUAUCGCGCAAGAAGAGCACGGAGUCGAAGCCUCCCUCGUGCAGCGAGCGCCCGCUGACGCUGUUCCACACGGCCCAGCCCAACGAGAAGCAGGAGAAUAGGAACAGCAUCAUCAACUCCAGCCUGGAAUCUGUCGUCUCUUCAAAUGCAAACAGCUUCCUCAACUCCAACAGCGCUCCCCAGCCCAGCCUGAACUCGAGUGAUCUUGAACUAGAAGUGAUUAAGCCCAACAGGCCAAAUUCCCUCCCUCAGAAUCCAAGCCCAACGUCACCCCUCUCACCGUCCUGGCCCAUGUUCUCUGCGCCAUCAAGUCCUAUGCCCACCUCCUCUACGUCCAGCGACUCAUCCCCCAUCAGCUCCCCCCUGCGCAAGGCCCGCGCGCUCUACGCCUGCAAAGCCGAGCACGACUCCGAGCUCUCCUUCACGGCCGGCACCGUGUUCGACAACGUUCACCCAUCCCAGGAGCCCGGCUGGCUGGAAGGGACCCUCAACGGCAAGACAGGACUGAUCCCCGAGAACUACGUGGAGUUCCUAUAACUGUGGGGUGCACAGAGCCGCUGCUGAGCAUUCCAUGGUAUCCAUGGCCAGUCCUGCAGGCCCCUGUGCCCCCGUGUGACCGGGGUGGGGACAGCCCUGUGCCCGCUGUGGAUGUUUGUGUGCGUCAGACGUCGCCUCUCGUCCUGCAGCGCUCCUGGGGACAUGGAGAGACUCCAGUGCACAUCCCAGCGAUGGAGAACCAGCCCAGGGACAGCCAAGUGCCCCGAGGGGCCGAGCUGGAGACUGGGAAUGGCCGGAGCUGCCCCAGGGGGGUUUCCUGCAGGGGGACAUUCUCUGGCUGCACCCUGCAGGGUCCCACCAAGGAGGAGUCCUGUGCUCCCUGUGCUUCCCUGGAGCCCCAGGCACAGCUCUCGGUGCUGGCAGGGGAAGGGCAGGGGGGCUGAGCCCCCGUGGUGGCCAGGCAGCCCUGGCAGGUGUCCCCUCCUUGUGCCACCACAGUGCUGGUGGCUCUUGCUGGCAAGAGCGAGCCCCGGGUGGGCUCUGCAGGGCCCAGGGCUGGCAGGGCUCAGCUGGCACCUGCUCGCUGCAAGGAGGAUGCUUUGGACCAAACCUCUCAAAGUCUUCUUUUAUAUUUCCAGGAUUUUGAUUCUGUGGGGUAGCCCUCAGACUGUGUGAGGUGAGCAGCCCGUGCUGCCCUCCUGCUGCAGUCCCAGACCAACCCCACUCCUGUUGUUUGGCUGUUUGGUACCUGCCCUUCCCAAAUCCCACUGUACAGACCCCUCUGUGCUCCCACCUGCGCCCAGGCCCUGCUGGAGCUGCCUCUGCCUCUCUCCAGCCUCGUUUUCCAGCCCUCCCCUUGCUUGCAGCCUCGUGUGUGCCAAGUCUGUGCAGUGCUGGUUGUGCCAGGUGAAUUAUUGCCAUCCUUGCUGUUGGAGUGGCCAAGGUGGGGCUGUGCAGAGCCAGGAGGAGCCUUCGGCUGCCCCAGCCCAGCUCCUGCCUCCAUGGACACGCCACGAGGGCUGGGCAGGGUGGAGUGCAAACCCCUCAUCGUUCCAGGUUGUGCUGAAGGGGGAGGGUGGGACAAGGAGCCCUGUUUGGCUGCAGAGCCGGGAUUUUGAGAGCUGGAAUCAUAUUUUAUAUAAAGAAAGUGUCAGCCCCCAGGCCGUGGCGCUGGGGAUGGAUGUCGUGGCUUUUGUAACAGUUUUAAAGACUCUGAGUGACUGAAUUGCUCUAUGUGUCACUUUUUAUUUUUGAAAGGAUUAAUGUAUAAAUAGAGUAUCUUAAAAUAUUAUGAGGAAAAGAUCUAUAUUUGAUAUUUUUAGAAGAGCUGUAAGGAGAGAAGCAGAGGACAUUUGAGGCUGGUCACCAAGAGGCUCCAAAGCCCCCGACCCCCAGCCUGGAGCUGCUGCUUCCUUCCCUCCCUGGUGUCACUUAGAGAGAAGGCUGCUGAACUUUCAGCCUUCUUCAUAUUUUGUCCACAGUAAUUAAACUUCCUGGGCUUUUGUCUUGGGGAAAAAAAGAGGAAAAAGGCAAUAAUUUUUUUCCUGCUUUCCAGGGUGGGUGGCACAGCUCAUUCCCAUGGGAUCAACCCCUCUCCAUAUCCCUCUGACCCCUUGGGGAGCACUCUCAGGUGGCUGGUAUGGCUUGGGCAGGGGUGAGGUCCCCAAACUGCCUCGUGGUCUCUGCUCUCAGGUGUUGGAUGAAGAGGGCCAGGGGCUUGUAGGGAUAAAAUCCGGUGUUUCCCUAGCACGUUGCUGGUUCAUCUCCAUCCUUGCAUUUUAUAGCCAACUUUUGUGCUAUUUCUUGGCUUUCCUGAGGCCAAGGACGAGGCCAGGCUUUAUCCAGCCCUGGCAUCAGAUGGGGCUGGGCUGUAUCCAGCCUUGGCUAAGGCUGAGGCCAGGCUUUAUCCAGCCCCAGCAUCGCUCUGUGGCUGUGGCUGGGACCUGGGGGUGCCUGGGGUGGGUGUGAGAGCCCCUCCCUGGGGCUGGGAGGGGAUGGGGAGGGCUGAUGGAAAGGAUUCUAAAAACCCUCCAUCCUUCACCUGUCAGCACUGUUUGUGCGUGCUUGGAACUGUCCUGUGCCGAGCUCCCUCCUGCCUUGCCGGGAUGCUGCUGGAGCAGGGCUGGGGAUGAAUGGGGAUUGCAAACCUGCCAAGAGCCCUCCAAAGGGCAUUAUUUGGGCAGGUGUGUUUGGGAGCUGCUUAGCAAUGCUGUGUGAGCGCUGCACCACGCUGCUCCCGCCGUGUCCCCACAAAACCUCUCCGUGCAGGGUCCCCCUCUGGCUCCUUGGAUACUCCAGUUACUCUGAGACCACAGUAAAUUCCUUUUCAGAGGCACUUGGGAGCUCUUGGAUGUGCUACCUAGAGGGUUUCUGGGAACAAAAGUCCCACACACAUGUAUUUACGAGAUGUCUCCUGGAGGAAAGGAAAUCAAACCGAGGCAGACGUUAUUGCUCUUACAGGAGAGCCAGUGGAAUAUUUUUUUUUAAUUAAAAUUUUCCAACAAGAAAAA